UUUAGGGCGGGGCCUAGGACGACCUGCUCUGCGGGCCGCGAGUUCUCGUCGGAAACAAAACAGCGGCAGCCUAGACCGAAACCUCCGGUGCGAGCCGGCCGUCAGGGCGCGGAGAGAGAAGGAGUCAGCACGUGACGGAAGCCCUAAAAGGUCCUUAAGCAGCUCGGCCUGGAAGAGAACACAUGAGAGAAAGAAUCCCAAGAGGCUCUGUUUUCCUUGAAAGGGUAUUUCUAUACAGUUGCUCCAAUGACAGACAUACCUGCACCCUUGUCCUACUUCCAGAAUGCACAGAUGUCUGAGGACAACCACUCCAGCAGCACCGUCCGUAGCCAGAAUGACAGUCAAGAACGGCAGCAGCACCAUGACAGGCGGAGACUUGACAACCCUGAGCCGGUCUCUAAUGGUCGACCCCAGAGUAACUCACGGCAGGUGGUGGAACAAGAUGAGGAAGAAGAUGAAGAGCUGACAUUGAAAUAUGGAGCCAAGCAUGUCAUCAUGCUUUUUGUUCCCGUGACCCUCUGCAUGGUGGUAGUCGUGGCUACCAUCAAAUCAGUCAGCUUCUAUACUCGGAAAGAUGGGCAGCUAAUCUAUACCCCAUUCACAGAAGACACUGAAACUGUAGGCCAAAGAGCCCUGCACUCGAUUCUGAAUGCUGCCAUCAUGAUCAGUGUCAUCGUUGUUAUGACCAUCCUCCUAGUGGUUCUUUAUAAAUACCGGUGCUACAAGGUCAUCCAUGCCUGGCUUAUUGUUUCAUCUCUGUUGUUGCUGUUCUUUUUUUCAUUCAUUUACUUGGGGGAAGUCUUUAAGACCUACAAUGUUGCUGUGGACUAUGUUACAGUUGCACUACUCAUCUGGAAUUUUGGUGUGGUGGGGAUGAUUGCCAUCCACUGGAAAGGCCCACUUCGACUGCAGCAGGCCUAUCUCAUUAUGAUCAGUGCCCUGAUGGCCCUGGUAUUUAUCAAGUACCUCCCUGAGUGGACCGCAUGGCUCAUCUUGGCUGUGAUUUCAGUAUAUGAUUUGGUGGCUGUUUUAUGCCCCAAAGGUCCACUUCGUAUGCUGGUUGAAACAGCUCAGGAAAGAAAUGAAACUCUCUUUCCAGCUCUUAUCUAUUCCUCAACAAUGGUGUGGCUGGUGAAUAUGGCUGAAGGAGACCCAGAAGCCCAAAGAAGGGUACCCAAAAACCCCAAGUAUAACACACAAAGAGCAGAAAGUGAGACACAGGACACUAGUACUGGUACCGAUGAUGGUGGCUUCAGUGAGGAAUGGGAAGCCCAAAGGGACAGUCACCUGGGGCCUCACCGUUCGACUCCUGAGUCAAGAGCUGCUGUCCAGGAACUUUCCGGCAGUGUCCUAACUAGUGAAGACCCGGAGGAAAGGGGAGUAAAGCUUGGAUUGGGAGAUUUCAUUUUCUACAGUGUUCUGGUUGGUAAAGCCUCAGCCACGGCCAGCGGAGACUGGAACACAACCAUAGCCUGCUUUGUGGCCAUACUAAUCGGCCUGUGCCUUACCUUACUACUGCUCGCCAUCUUCAAGAAGGCGUUGCCAGCUCUUCCCAUCUCCAUCACCUUUGGGCUGGUUUUCUACUUUGCCACGGAUUAUCUCGUGCAGCCCUUUAUGGACCAGCUUGCAUUCCAUCAAUUUUAUAUCUAGCGUAUCUGCAGUUAGAAUCCAUGGAUGUUUCUUCUUUGAUUAUUAAAUACCUGAGGAGGACAUAUGUGACUCUCCCAUGUCCUCAUCUAACGAAGUCAAAACUCUAGCUGGACUUUUGCAACUUCCUUCCAAGUUCCCUGGCCACCUGCAUUGUUGAACUUUGGAAGGAGGUGUCUACAGAAAACGGCUUCCAGCAUUCAUCACUGCAGUGGGCAGAUAUCCCUCAGUGCAAAUACCACCAAAUUUGAGGGACAAGGACAAGAAGAUGUGCUGGACCAAGAAGUUGUGUUCUGCCAGUAGUGUGACCCUUGGGCACGAAGAUUUUGCCAGCACUGGGAACCCUCAAGAGGCUAAAUGAAGUGGUGUGAACCAAACAGAACUUCCAUCUUCUCCACCAUGUUGGAAAUAAAAUCUGUAUUAGCUGAA